UCUCGGAUAAAUAAACAAGCAAUAAGCUAUAGCUAACCUAAUUGUCUUGCCAGUUAAGGAUUUCGUUUGUCUUCAAAUAUGGUGAAAACUAAAGCACUCUCUCUAGCUAUUUUGGUUACACUUUCAACUUUGGUCAUCAUAUCCGAAAGUCGAGUAGCAAGAAAGGACUUGGGUUUGGAUUUGGGUGGGGUUGGUAUAGGUAUAGGUACGGGAAUUGGGAUUGGACUCGGUGGAAGUGGUUCAGGGUCCGGUGCGGGAGCUGGCUCUAGUGGAUCCAGUUCCUCCUCUAGCUCUUCCAGUUCGAGUUCUAGCUCGAGCUCUGGAGGAGGAGGAGGUGGAGCAGGAUCAGAAGCUGGUUCGUCAGCUGGAUCUCAUGCUGGAUCUAGUUCAGGAAGUCGAGGCAAAGGAGGCGGGGGUGGUGGAGGUGGUGGCGGCGGCGGUGGUGGAGGAGGAGGUGGUGGACGUGGAAACGGCUCUGGUGAAGGUUCGGGUGAAGGUAGUGGAUAUGGAUCUGGACAUGGAGGCGGAGGUGGUGACGGUGGAGAUCGUAAAUAAGCAAUUCUGCAAUUUUCUUACUUAAAUAUCUAUGAAUAAGUUAUGCAUUGCAUGCAUGUUGAAGGCAUAACUAUAGUACUUCGUAAAUUAUGUCAUUCUUAGUUUUCAAUGAAAAGUGUUUGGUUAUGUUUAUGUAUUAUAUAUGAUUAUGAUUUAUCGUCA